AUGAGAAGGCUCGAGAAACCUGGUCCCCACCAACCAGCCUCCCAGUUGACCAGUGCUGGGCCUGGGACAGGGACUACUGUGUCCCUAGCUGCCUCCUCCCCUGCCACCCUCACCCUUUUGAACCCACAGAGGCCCCCAGCUGAGGUUGGUGUGACCUUUGAGGAUAUUGCUGUGCGCUUCUCUAAGAAGGAAUGGUGCCUCCUUGAUGAGGCUCAGAGACACCUGUUCCUGGAAGUGAUGCUGGAGAACUUUGAACUCAUAUCCUCUCUAGGUUGCUGCUGUGGAGCAGAGGAUGUGGAGGCACCUACUGAACAGCAUCUGUCUGUGAGAGUGUCACAGGCAAAGAACCCCAAUGUAGCUUUGUCCUCCCAGAAGAGUCAUCCCUGUGAGAGUUGUGGGCCAGUCCUGAGAGACAUUUUCCACUUGGUUGAGCAGCAGGGAACACAACACAGCCUGAAACUGUUGAGGUGUGGGGCAUGUGCAAAGCAGUUUUAUUUAAGCGAGAAAGGCAUUAGUUGCAACCAGACGCUUGCUCAGGAUCAUAGUAUCCGUAAUGAAAUACAGUGUUUUGUGUGCCAGGAAUGUGAGAAAUCUUUUACAAAAAUCUCUGACCUCCGUUAUCAUCAGAAAUUGCACACAGGAGAAAGUCCAUACGAGUGCAGUGAAUGUGGGAAAUGCUAUAAGCAACACUCCAUACUUAUUCAACAUCAGGGAGUUCAUUCUAAAGAAAAGCAUCAUGUGUGUGUCGAAUGUGGGAAAUUCUUUAGCCAAAGAGGAGCCAAUAUGCAACACCAGAGAGUUCACACUGGAGAAAAGCCAUAUGAAUGUGAUGAGUGUGGGAAAUCUUUUAUGAGUAGGAGUAGCCUCCUUCAUCACCAGAGACUACACACUGGAGAAAGGCCUAAUAAGUGCAGUCAGUGUGGGAAGUCUUUUACCAGUAAAAGUAGCCUCCAUUAUCAUCAGAUACUUCACAGUGGAGAAAGGCCUAAUAAGUGCAGUCAGUGUGGGAAGUCUUUUACCAGUAAAAGUAGCCUCCAUUAUCAUCAGAUACUUCACACUGGAGAAAGGCCUAAUAAGUGCAGUCAGUGUGGGAAGUCUUUUACCAGUAAAAGUAGCCUCCAUUAUCAUCAGAUACUUCACACUGGAGAAAGACCUUAUGUGUGCACUAAGUGUGGGAAAUCUUUUACCGGUAGGAGUAGUCUGCGUUAUCAUCAGAGACUUCACACUGGAGAAAAACAUGAAUGCAAAAGGCCUUAUGAGUGCAGUCACUGUGGUAAAGCUUUUACCGGUAGGAGUAGCCUCCGUUAUCAUCAGAGACUUCACACUGGAGAAAGGCCUUAUGAGUGCAGUCACUGUGGGAAAGCUUUUACCGGUAGGAGUAACCUCCUUUGUCAUCAGAGACUUCACACUGGAGAAAGACCUUAUGAAUGCAGCCAAUGCGGGAAAUCCUUUGCUCUGAAGAAACGCUUGCAUCGUCAUCAGAGAGUUCACAUGAGAAAGGCCUCAGGGUUGCAGUAAAUGUGGAAAAUAUUUUGCCAGAAACAGUCACUUUCGUUGUUAUCAGAGUGUUCACAGGGUGUGCCCAUACUUUUGAAGGGAAUCACUUUCAAAGAACUUGCCAAGGGCCAUGUGUCCUAAUGUCUCCAAUUCCAUGCGUGAUGGUCACUUGGGUGUAGGACCGUAGGGUUUAGGGGAAAGCAUAGUUUCUAGAGAAUCACUGGCCUAAUAAGGAUUAUGCAUAAUUCUUAAAAUGGAGAUAGGUUUCAUUUAUCUUCAUCAAUAUCUCAAAAUGCAAUAUCCAAGUCAGAGGAGAGGUGAAUGUUUAACUAAAAUAACAUAGAAAGAUGUGACUUAAGCCAAUUGUACAUUUUUGCCUCCUUCCAGCAGUGUAUGAUAGAUUUAAUUCCUCCACAUCCAGAAAAGAUUUGUUAUGGUCAGUCGUCCUUUAUUUAAAAUUUUGUAACUUUAUCAUGCUGUAUCAUUGUUCAAUGGCAUUUUUUCUAAGGGUUUAUGGUGAGCCUUUUUUCAGAUGUGCAUUUGCUAUCUCUAUAUUUGGUUAAAUGUCUGAGCAUAUGUUCUGCCAAAUCUAUGAAUUUGGGUAAUUUUCUUUAACAAAUGGGCAGUGAAACAACAAAAAUGUGCGUUGGAAUUUUACUCA